AUGCGCCUCCUCGAUCUCCCUACCGCGCUACUUGCGCUGCUUACCCUCAGCGAUGUCACCUCCGCGACGCACACGUCGAACUGGGCAGUCCUGGUCAGCACAUCGCGUUUCUGGUUCAACUACCGACACCUUGCAAAUACGCUUAGUCUAUACCGAACAGUAAAACGAUUAGGCAUUCCUGAUAGCCAGAUCAUCCUCAUGCUUCCCGAUGACAUGGCCUGUAAUCCUCGCAACUCGUUCCCCGGCAGCGUCUUCAAUGACAAGUCGCGUCAACUCGACCUCUACGAUGACAAAGGCACGCUCGCCAACAUGGCCGGCAUGGGAGGUAUCGAAGUCGACUAUCGCGGCAACGAGGUCACAGUUGAGAACUUCAUCCGUCUCCUGACCGACCGAUGGCCAGCGUCGCAUCCCACCUCGAAACGCCUCAUGACCGACGACCGCUCGAACAUCCUCAUCUACAUGACUGGCCAUGGCGGCAACGAGUUCCUGAAGUUCCAGGAUGCUGAGGAGAUCAGCAGCUACGACUUGGGGGACGCGUUCGAGCAGAUGUGGGAAAAGAAGCGGUACCACGAACUGCUAUUCAUGAUCGACACAUGCCAGGCCAACACAAUGUACCCCGCGUUCUACACACCCAACAUCAUUGCUACGGGAAGCAGUGCGAAAGAUCAGAGUAGCUACAGUCAUCAUGCGGAUCAAGAUGUUGGCGUUGCGGUCAUUGACAGGUGGACGUACUACAAUCUCGAGUUUCUGGAAACACGACUGAACAGCACUUCUGCGGACGUGAGACUGGGUGAGCUCUUCGACUACUACACUUUCGACCGGGUACACAGUGAUGCUGGAGUGAGGUACGACCUGUUUCCGGGUGGAGAAGAGGCCGCGAGAAACAGGAGAGUGCUGGAUUUCUUUGGCAGCGUGCAAGGGGUGGAGACGGAUGCGAGGUUGAGCGGGAGUGAGAGUGACUGGAAGGCAGAUCUCGAGGCUCUGAGGAAGAUCAUGGAGCGACAACAAGCCGAGAUGGCUGGACCAAAUGGCACGCAGCAGGAUGUGCCGAAUGCAGGCGCUGGAGAUGGGAGUGAGGCCACGAUCAAGCCUGCGAAGAGUGCUGAGCAGGGCAGACUCGCGCUUGACAUGGCACAGAAGGGGGGACAUUGGGUCAAGAAGGCGGCAGGGCUGGGCUCACUGGUGGUGCUUGGGGCCGCAUGGAUUGCUUCGAAUGCUUUAUCGAAGAGUGCCUGA